ACCGUCUGGUGCCGGCUGGGACUGGCGGCAGAAGCGCCGACGGUAGGGGCAUGGCGGGGGCGGCGUGCGCGCCGGCGGCCAGGCCGAGCCUGACCUCCAUCUCGUCGGGGGAGCUGCGCAGCCUGUGGACGUGCGACUGCGAGCUGGCCCUGCUGCCCCUGGCGCAGCUGCUGCGCCUGCAGCCCGGCGCCUUCCAGCUGCGCGGCGACCGGCUCGUGGCGCCCGGUUCCGGGGAGCCGGCGCGCGGGGGCUUCAACGUCUUCGGUGACGGCCUCGUGCGCCUCGACGGGCAGCUCUACCGCCUCAGCGGCUACAUCAAGAGAUAUGUGGAACUGACCAACUACUAUGAUUAUAAAGACUACAGGGAGACUAUAUUGAGCAAACCAAUGCUGUUCUUUAUUAAUGUGCAGACCAAAAAAGACACCGCAAAAGAAAGGACGUAUGCAUUUCUUGUGAACACAAGGCACCCCAAGAUAAGAAGACAGAUAGAGCAAGGGAUGGACAUGGUCAUUUCCUCAGUGAUUGGAGAAAGCUACCGGCUUCAGUUUGAUUUUCAAGAGGCAGUAAAGAAUUUUUUCCCUCCAGGAAAUGAGGUGGUUAAUGGAGAAAAUCUAAGCUUUGCAUAUGAAUUCAAAGCUGAUGCAUUAUUUGAUUUCUUCUAUUGGUUUGGGCUCAGCAAUUCCACUGUAAACGUGAAUGGAAAAGUUCUGAAUUUGUCAAGUACAAGCCCAGAAAAGAAGGAGACAAUUAAAUUGUUUCUGGAGAAAAUGAGUGAACCUCUAAUCCGAAGGAGCAGUUUCUCUGACCGAAAAUUCAGUGUAACUUCCAGAGGUUCACUAGAUGAAGUUUUUAACUGCAGUCUGUCACCCAGAUCAUCUCUGACAGAGCCUCUUUUGGCAGAAUUACCAUUUCCAAGUGUUCUGGAAUCUGAAGAGACACCCAACCAAUUUAUCUGAUUGGAUUGAACAUUUUGCAGUUACUCCUACACUCCAGGCCUGUGCCAGAGCUGAAGGGCGAGGGGACGAGAGGAGGCAGGAGGCGGGCACUUCCACCCCCUUGUCAAUCCCUCUGCUCCUCCUUGGCAUCUGUGGGGGGGCUCCAGUCUUCCAUUUCUGGGGUGAUGCCCUGGACAUGCAUCAUGGAAAUGCUGAUGCAGCUGACUUCAGGACCGGAGGGCUUUGGCCCCAUGGCCGCGGGGUAUCCUCUCCUUUUAACACUUCUCCAAAGAGGCAGAGGGAGCGGCAGAGUCCUGUCACCCUGCACACUUGUUUAGUGUGCUGGCAUCCUGGGAGUCUUCCUGGCAGCUGUUACGGGAGCAGUCUGACCUGUGAGGCUUCAGAAAUCAGGGUUUGGCCCUCAGCUUGGGACCUCCUUGUCUGAACCCAAACCCAGCAAGCGUGGGGUCAGCAGUGCUGUUCCCUUGCAAAUCUGGCUGGGCAGAAAGCCUGGGGCUGCUUUCCCUGGAAGGCAAGCCUGUUUCUCCUCCUGCCUGUGGAAUACCGUAGGAGAAACACUGGAGGUAAGGUCUGCUGGAGGACUGACCAGGUUGAUAGGAUGGUCACCCUGUCACCCCCUGCCUGAAAUUUCACCUCCCUUGGCCUCCCUCUUAACAAAGUGGCCUGUGUAGAAAGAGGCCAGGCGAUGCGGUAUCAAAUAGCGACAGAGGAAGGAUAAUGCAUACAGCAGUGUCCUUUUUAUUGAAAGCACAUUAAUGUCAGUUGGAUAUUUUAAAUAAGCUUUUAGCAAUCCUAAUGCUAAAAGCAAAAUAGAAGAAAGCUAUUACAUUACCAUAAUACAUUGUUACAUCAAUACAUUUUUUCAUCCCAUAGCUACAAUGGAAUUCCUCAAAAAGAAAAAAAAAAAUCAUCCUAUCUACAUAUAAAAACCUGCAUGAAUAAAUUGCUACAUAUGCUUAUAAUGAAGAAGAUUUAUGGGUCCUAAGUAUAAUUUUUCUAUUCUUUUUAAAAAAAGUUCCUGUGUUAUACAUUUUGAUAGCACUAUUGAUUGUCUUUUCAUUUAUAUUUGAAAUGUUAUGUACUAUCUUUGUGCAAUUAAAACUUUUCUUAGCAUUCAA